GUUUCUUUGAAAGCCUUCUUUGGAAAGCCUGGUCCCUGGUUUGAAGAAGGAGAUCUGGAUGGUGACAAGACCUCAAUAUUCCAUGAUCUAGAUGGCUCAGUGACUGACUACAAGGAUACCUAUGUGGGCAGAAUGGAUAAUUAUUUGAUUCAACACCCGAAAUGCAUUAAUAUUACAGAGUGGAGUGGAGUGGUUUGCAGUGGAACCUAUGCACAGGUUUAUGUCCAAACCUGGAAUGGGCAGAAUCUUUCCAUGACUAUUGUCAGAGAUGAGUACCCAGCCAAUCCCAUGGUUCUUCGAGGUAUUAAUCAGAGAGCUGUCUUUCAACAAUACCAGCCAGUAGUGAUGCUUCAAAAGGGCUAUACAAUACAUUGGAAUGGAAAAGCUCCAAAUGUCACCUAUCUCUAUCUCAUUAACUUCAACAAGAAUGACUGGAUUCGUGUUGGUGUUUGUUACCAACCAAAUACAGAUUUUAUUAUAGUAUUGGAAACCUUUCAAAGGCGAUCACCUGCUCUGUCAAGCAAGGUAGAGCGCUACAUGCCUGUAUCUUCGAUGAUGGAGCUCGAAAAGAAUCGAUCAGACAAGAAGUUUUACUUUGACAACAGUACUGGAUUACUGUUUUUAUUUCUUCAAGCCAAAUAUAAUAGGGAUGGUCACAGUUAUUGCUCAUCUCAGGGAUGUGAAAGGAUCAAGAUUGUGACCAAAGAUUCAGCAAAAGGGAUAAGUAACUGCAUGGCUAAAGCUUACCCAAAGUACUACCAAGGACCAACCGUCAUAAAGCAGAUGCCAGUAAAAACUACUGUACCAUGUACAAAAUGCGGCACAACUCAGAUGAUAUUCACCAGUGAUCCUCACAAAAACUACCUCCUUGUACAGAUUAAUUCUUCCGGUAAAAAAGAGUUAAGUAAAGGUCAGCAAGCAUUUGUAUCUGUCAACAACACCAUGUUUUCCUUCAAGGAUAAUGGUAUACUUAUUGUUCUAGUAGAUGCCUGCACUGGCACAAUAUUGGGAAACAAAUUAUUUUCUGGAGUAGACAUUAAGCGUGUAGAUGGUUAUUUAAAAUCUGGAAUUCCACAAAGGUCUGUCGUUCUGCUGAGCACAAGAGGUGAUGUAGCAAUUCCUAAUAAUUUAGCAGAAGCCUUAAUGUCCCUGGGGACAGCAAAACCACCUUAUCUUCAGAGCAACGGAAGUCUGGCCUUUCUGGGUUUCAGAGGAAACUUCAAGCCAUCCUGGAUUAAGCUGUUUACAGGUCCUGCUGAGCAUGGGCUCAUUCAGAUAGAAAAGUAUAUCCCUUUACAACUGGAAGAGUAUGGCUGUGCCAGAGCGAUCAAAAGCCGACGGAAAGACCUCGAGCUUCUGAAGAAAGUUACAAGAUCUUAUUAA